AUGAAGUUCAUCACUACAUUAAUGGUCAUCGCCUUUGUCUUGUCGGUUCUAGUUCCUACCCAAGCACUUAGAGUUUUAAGUGAAGACAAAAAAGUGGCUUGCAUUGUGACAGAUCUUCAAGUAUGCCUAUCAGCGUUAGAGACCCCAAUCCCACCAUCAGCGGAAUGUUGCAAAAACUUAAAAAUACAAAAGUCUUGUCUAUGUGAUUACAUGGAAAAUCCAUCGAUUGAAAAGUAUCUUGAACCAGCUAGAAAAGUAUUUGCAGCAUGUGGUAUGCCUUAUCCUAGGGAGGAUGCUAUUGAAGUAAAAGCCACACAUCACCCAGUGGAUGUAGUUCCUACACAUGCUCACACUUCAGAUGUUCAUGCAUGA